AUGUCAGGGAGUGACAGGACUAUGUCUAGUAUUAUCGCCAUACACCCUGUGCAGUCGGACGCGGCACAGCUGAUCGUCGAAAUCCGGGACGGACGACUUUCCGGAUCAUCAAAUUUUGCUUUAAACUCGGGAAAACGGCCUGAGAGACUUACGACAUUCUCCAAGCAGCUCGCGGAGAGCAUGAGCGAUUCCAUGAUGGCCGGGAAUCGACCGAAGACGACGACGCCCUUCGAAGUCACGAUCGGACGAAGGCGUCGAGCGUGUGAAGAGUCUGGUGCAUUCCGACAGGAUGAUCACGAAGAGGUGACGGAGGAGACGAACAUGUCGGUCGGCACCGGACAUGCGACACGUCUCCGCAAAGUUUCUUCUGCGCCUUCUCACGAGGGCAUGGCCCCGAUCCUUAACGAUUCCUUUGCCUCUGUGUUCACGAGCGAAUCCGAUGACGUUCUGACGAUGACGGAAGUCACCUCGGCGUGUGUCGAGGAUAUAAUAGUCACCGAGGAAGGGAUCAUGAGUAGGAUAGAAAAGCUGAAGGCAGGCGCUGCCACCGACCCCCCGAAGGGAUUCCGGCUAUUGCAUGGAAUCUCUUUGGAGGUGAACUCUUGCCCCUCUGAAAAGUAA